UCCCCCUCUCCUCUGCUCUCCUCUCACAGCAGAGCGCGCGUGUGAUUUGACAGUCGCAUCUCUCCGUUUGUCCCCGAGCGCGUGCGCGCGCGUGUGUGUGUAUGUUUACGAUCGUCGUGCUCCACGUGCUGCGUGUGGAUGCGCUCCUCGCGCGCUGUCGGUAACAGAAACCAUGACCGGCGCGCCGCGCGACCCCUUCUACUCCUCUCCGUUCGGUCCGUUUUACCGGAGACACGCGCCCUACCCGGUGCAGCCGGAGUACCGGAUGCACGAGCUCAACAAACGGCUCCAGUCCCGGCCUGAGGACUGUGAUAUUCUGUGGUGGGAUGCAUUCUGCACUGAGUUCUUUGAAGAAGACGCCACACUGACUCUCUCGUUCUGCCUGGAGGAGGGGCCAAAGACAUACACCAUCGGGCGCACCCUGAUCCCUCGUUACUUCAGUUCUCUGUUCGAAGGAGGAGUCUAUGAGUUGUUUUUCGAGCUGAAACAAACAAAGGAGUCGUUCAACAACUCAACUAUUACUGUCGACUCUCAUCAGUGUACUAUGACCACACAGCACGGCAAACCUACGUUCACUAAGGUGUGUACAGAAGGCCGUCUAAUUCUUGUGUUCACCUUUGAUGACCUCAUGAGAAUCAAAACAUGGCACUUCACCAUCACACACUACAGUGAACUCAUUCCUCGCAGUGUCUUGGCUGUAAAUGCACAAGACCCUGGAGCUGUGGAACAACUGUCCAAAAACAUCAGCCGAGUGGGACUUUCCAACCUCACACUGAACUACCUCAGAUUGUGUGUGAUUCUAGAGCCCAUGCAGGAGCUCAUGUCGAGGCAUAAGACAUAUGGACUGAGUCCCAGAGACUGCCUGAAGUCCUGCCUCUUUCAACAAUGGCAGAGGAUGACAACACCACCAGUUGGACCCUCGCCCAGCUUCAAGACAGAAAUAUUUCCCACUAAUUCCAAAAAAUCAGAGCCAGCCAAACCAGCAACAAAGAGACGGAGGAGGAGGAACUCAGCUGGUAGCGCGUCCAAUAGCAACACAGGAAACAGCAAGAAGCGCAGCACAGCCAAUAACUUCAGCCUUCCUUCACAGGAUGUGAUGAUGGUAGGAGAGCCCUCUCUAAUGGGAGGGGAGUUGGGUGACGUGGACGAGCGUUUGAUCACACGCCUAGAGAACGAACAAUACGACCCCGUCAACGGUCUCCAUGAUGACGGUCUCCAUGACUACACCGACUCACCGACACUUGGAAACGGCAGCUCCUGGAACAGCCAGCACCCUAGCAACCAGGACAGUAAGGCAGAUACCAUGGCGAUGCAGCAGUUGGAGUAAUGUGAUCUGACAGUGGGUAGCUAUGGCAACGGUGCUGUCAAGGGAUGGGAUGGGGGAAUCUUCAUCUGUAGAGGAGAGAUUGCUGGAGAGAGGUGUGUGUCUGUGUGUGUGUGCAUGCUUGCGUUUAUGUUGGUGUAACACAGUAUUCCAUACUUGAGACAUACAGCUUCAACCAUUUAAGGUAAAAAAAAAAAUCUGUUCAUUUCAUAAAAGAAUUUUUCAGCCUUUUUAAAAACUCAGUGGAUCUCUUGGCUUCAUUCUGUGCCAUACUGUUUGGUUUCUACGACAAUGUUUUAGUGCCACGUUGAAAUAAAAAAAAAUCUAAGACUAUGAGAUUAAAGUUGUAAUAUUUCGAAAAUAAAGUCAAAAUGUUUCGAGAAUAAAAUUUAAAUAUUACGAGAAUAAAGUCGAAUUAUUAUGAGAAUAAAUUCGUAAUACUAUAAGAAUAAAGUUGAAAUAUUAUGAGAAUAAAAUUGAAAUAUUACGAGAAUAAGGUUGAAAUACUACGAGAAUAAUGUCGAAAUAUUAUGAGAAUAAAGUCGAAAUAUCACUAGAAUAAAGU